AUGGAUACCCAUCUUAGUAGAUGGCUGCUAUGGGUCUUCGAUCGUGUGACCGGCACAGGCUUACUAGACCCAUUCAACAACCCGGACUACUUUGGCGAGACUACCGGAAGCGCAGCCUCGAGAGCAGCACUCGAAAAGAUACACGAAAUAGGAGAUUAUGCAGACUUUCCCACAGAGAUCCGCCUCAUGAUCUUUGGUUACUGGCUGAGGGACAACCACCCUCCUUGGGACAUCAGUGAGGAAUCCAGGAUCCCAGAUUGGGUGACGCCUGACUACGAGGAAGUCUGGUUCCAAAACAUCAACUUCGUCUUGCCGGCUCCGGAGUAUCGUGGAACAAGCUUUUAUGACGAGAAUAUGGAUAUCGGACUCGAGGCCAAUGCCAUAAACUUUCUCGCAAGACUCUGCGCACGCCCAAAGGCACCUCAUCCAGUGACAGUCGAGGUUGCUGUCGAUGUACAUGGGGAUCUCAGGAUUAGUCAAAAGUCUAUCCACAGGCUACUUCUCGUCAGCUACCAUCUCGGAGACCGUACGGAUAUGCUUGAUGUCAAGGUCGUCGUCGACACAUGUUCAGACAGGGGAUACCUGGAAGCCGAUUCGGACAUUGCGGAUCCACUUUUGACACGUCUACAAGACGAUUGCAUGAAAAUGCGAAAGUUCAGGGAUGGAAUUAUGAGCAUGGAGCAAGUGUUCCGCUCGGUCAAUUACACUGUCAACAUGAAGGAACUUCCACAUUAUCUACCCGAGGUCUCGGUAGCAGGGGUUCUGGGAAACACAACCACAAAGAUGGAACUCUAUGCAAUACCGCCACAUUCCUCAAAGAAGAUACUCAAGAUGAGGUGCAGGUUGUUUAUGCAAGAGGUGCGAAGAAUUGAAGAGGAAGGGGCGAGACAAGCAGCACUAGAGUCAAUGACGGUUGAGUAG